AUGUCGGUACAGCAGUUGCCCUGGUCUGAUCUCGUCGAGGGCGUCCUAGCUCUAUACUUUACUCCGAGUCGUUUGCGAAGCAAGGCGUAUGUGCACUACCUUGUGGACCAGGCGGUGGAGAUGUUGGCGAGGAGUGAUAUCGACGAGCCGGUGAGGUCAGUCGCGGAUCUCCUUAGUGAAGACGAGUCACUCGGGAACUGCUUCCUACGUCGUGUUAACCCCAUGAAGGUGCUUUCCUGGAGGGAUCUUCCUGGGCUCCUCGUAUGA